AUGGUUGAAACUCCUACUAAGGGCACUAAGUUAGUCAUCGAUGUCACGCAAGUAGUAGAGCAAGUUCCAUUGAUGGUUUUUAAAUAUGAUGACUUAUAUAGAUUCACCAAUGUUCCUAAUUUUAAUCAAUUUGUUGAUAAUUCAAAUCACUUUGCGAUUGAUGAUCGUAGCGAUCUAAAAUUUGAUCUAGCAGAUAUCGAUGGAAAUUUUUUGCCCAAAUCAGCCAAGAACUAUUCCCUUAAUGAAGAUGAAGUAAUUGAAUAUCCGGUAAUGGAAAAGGGCGUAUAUUGUGUCUACUUUCCAUUGACAGAGAAACAGUAUCAAAUCUACCUGGAAGGAACCUAUGCCCAUAUUAGGAUCAAGGAUGAAGCAGUUCCAAUGAAUCUUGGACACGAAUUAUCCAUUCAUAUUGUCCUUGCAUCUGUUUAUGGCAGUAUGUGGUUAUUGCUUAGGUAUUAUUUUCCAGUCUUGUCAGCACCCAAGCUGUCAACCGUGCCGUAUAUUCCAAAAAUUCUCCAGAUUGUAAUUGGAAGCAAUUUUGUGUACUACUUUGCUUUUGUAAUUAUGGAUGCUGUUGUCCAUAUCAUUCAUUGUGGGUAUUUUUACUCAUUUAUGCAAAAUUAUUACGUUGACUUCCAGACUGUAUUAAUUAAUUUACAAGGUUACUUGAUCUCAUUGAUCUAUUUAGGUGCUGCAUAUCGGGAUUUAUUCAGAAUGAAAACUACCAGAAAGGUAUUUACCUUCUUGUUUAUCAUACAUGCUGCUUCAAUGGUGGUUGCAAAACAAAUCAUGCAAUCCACAAGAACAACUAAGGAUCUCACCUUUAAUGGCCACUCAUAUGAAGUCCUUCACGCUUCAAUAUUGGUUAACUCAUUAAACAAAAGUUCCACAAUUAAUAGCGAAACAUCAUUUAUCAAAAAAUCAAUCACACUAUUCACCCUAAUUCAGAUCGUAACAGGUGUGAUUCUUCAAUUCCAAUGUCUUGUCUGUGGAAUCAAAUUAAACAGAUAUUUCAAAAAGACAAACCAAAAGAAUCUUUCCAAACCCAUGUUCUACUCCAUACUUUUUCAUCUAGUUGGUUGGACAUACAUGUUUAGACAUUUGGGGAUUAUGAAAUCGUUGGAAAUUAACUUGGAUGGAGUUUUUGAUGUGAAUGAAAUACUUUAUUCUAUGGGGAAUAUUAUUGCUUGGCAAGAGAUUAACUUGCUUAUUGUUGAUUUGUUUGAAAUUGUGCUUAUUUGGUUCGUUUGGUCAUCAAGAGCCCCACUUAUUGUGAAAAAGCCUGAAGAGAAUGAGAAGAAUGAUAAGAAUAAUGAAAAAGAUAUUGAUGAGAGUCACAUUAUAGAAAAUAGAAGUAAAGAGACUAAUUCUGAAAAAGUGGUUAGGUCUAAAACAGAUGAAUCAGAAAUCUCUGGUUCUUUGCAAAAGGUAACAAAACGAAAGAAAUAG